AUGAAACCGUAUGUACUGGAUGAUCAGAUUUGUGAGGAAUGCAUUCGAGAGCCGAAUGGCGGAAGACAUGCUCCAUUCUUCUGCCCUCACUUGGAGUGCUUACAGUACUAUUGCGAGUCUUGCUGGACUUCAAUGCAUGGUAGCCCAUCGCGUGAGCAUCAUAAGCCUCUAGUGAAAGAAGCAUAA